AUGGAGUAUCCGAAUCGCAUAUUCGCCCAAAUGGGUGGUUUCUUGAACACUGAUAUGACCCUCUGGAAUGCCAUGAUUAGAGGCUAUGCGUAUAAUGGACCUUGUGAAAACUGCUUAUCACUGUUUGAUGAAAUGAUUAGGAGAGAUCUUAAGCCGAAUAAUUUCACGUACCCAUAUGUCUUAAGCUCUUGUUCUCAAAUGGGUUUGUUUAGUACAGGCCAGAAGGUGCAUUGCCGUAUAAUAAAGUCUGGGUUUGAGAGCGCUUUUUCUGUUGGGAAUGCUCUUUUUGAUUUUUAUGUUAAAAAGGUCGAGUAUUUGGAAGUGGGAUUGGCGAAAGAGGAGAGCUUGACUGAUGCUACGAGGAUUUUUUAUGAAAUGUGUGAGAAAACGGUGGAGUUGUGGAAUAAAAUGAUUGCAAAGUAUGUGAGUAUAGGAGAUGUGAAGAGUGCGAGAGAGCUGUUUGAUGAAAUGCCUGAUAGAGAUGUUGUUUCUUGGAAUACCAUGAUUUCUGUCUAUGCUAAGGCAAGGGAUGUGGCAAAUGCUAGAUAUCUGUUUGAGCGAAUGCCAGAGAAGAAUGUGGUGUCAUGGACUACUAUGCUUGGAGCAUAUGCUGCAGUAGGAGACAUCGGAAUGGCCCAGAAAUUUUUCAACAAAAUGCCCGACAAAAAUGUGGUUUCUUGGAAUUCUAUGAUGUCAAUUUACACCCGGAAAGGGGAAUUUCAGCAGGCACUAGAUCUCUUUGUCCAGAUGCAAUUAGAAGGUGUGCAGCCUGAUUCUUUCACCUUUGUUGCAGCUCUGUCAGCCUGUUCUAACCUAAGUAAUCUAGAAUCAGGGAAAUGGAUACAUUAUCUAAUAAGAGAUUGGCCUAGGAUGGGUGUCAUAGUAGGGACUGCACUUGUAGAAAUGUAUGCAAACUGUGGGGAUAUUGAUAAAAGUUUUACAACAUUUAUCAAAAUCGGGAACAAGGAUGUGUUCUGUUACAACGUUAUGAUAAAAUCUCUAGCCGUCCAUGGAAGAGCAGAAGAUGCAAUCAAGAUUUUUCAUCUAAUGCAGAAAAGAGGAUUGAUGCCAAACGACCACACUUAUUCGUGCGCCCUCUUUGCCUGUAGCCAUGGAGGUUUAGUAGAGGAAGGCCAAGAGAUUUUCAAAGCCGUGAAAACGCAUUUAAACAUUAAUCCAAAGCUUGAGCACUAUUGUUCUAUGAUUGAUCUACUCUGCAGAAAUGAUCAGCUAGAAAUAGCGGAAUCCUUGAUCAAAGAUAUGCAGGUAGAACCAGACAUUGCCAUCUGGGGAGCUUUAUUAGGUGGAUGCCGGGAAAGAGGUAAUCUUAAGUUGGCAGAGAAUAUUAUAAGUAAGGCCAUUGAGCUAAGAUCAGAAGAGUCUGGAGUUCAUGUGCUUUUAUCGAACAUUCAUGCCUCAAUGGGUCAGUGGUCAGAGGCGUUGCGUACAAGAAAAUUGAUGGAGGAGAAUAGGAUAUUGAAGAAAACAGGAAUCAGUAGUAUAAUUUGA